UUGCGUGGUGUCUUAGAUGCUUUACGAAAACCUGCAGAUUCAAAAAUGUUUUUGUUUGGUACCAGAGCCUUGGAACAGUUUGUGGAUCGUCUUAUUGAGUGGCCACAGUAUUGCAACCAUAUUUUGCAAAUAUCCCAUCUGCGCGCCACACAUUCAGAGCUUGUUGCUUUCAUUGAACGGGCUCUUGCGCAGGCCAACUCAGGAACUGCAGAGGAUUUGUUGCAGCAUGGCCCAUCUUCUUGAUGGCGGAGCUCAUUCGACAGUGGGUCUUGUGACAACCUUGAUUUCUGUUAGUUGCAUUAUUGCAGCUGAUACAUAUGCUUUUGUGGGUGGCCAGGUAGUCAUGCUUCCAAAGUUUGAUCAAGUGGACCUCUUUUCUCUCUUGAUUAUAAUUGCAAUAUUCAAUAAACAUUAAUUAUUACAAUGUUGAUUCCAACGGUGUAUACUUCGUUUUCUGGAAAUGGGUAGUCAUGAAAUUACCUUAUUAGUUACCAUUAUGUGUUGCUAAACUCUUAACCCAUCUAAAUCAAAUCAGCUACUUUGG